AUGACAAAGAUUGGUAAAACCUCCUUUAAUGGGAAUGGUACUAGUACACUAACUAUAACUCACGAAGACUUGAAAAAUGCUAGUCUACGUCAAUGUCUCGAGGUUUUCGGUGGUAUGGAUGAAAUUGUUGCAGUUAUGAAAUCUAUCGAACAAUAUGUAAGAUCCCCGUGUAAUCCCGAUAGCAUGCUCUCCGAAGGAAUACUACAAGAUAUGGUAGCCUUGUAUAAUAGAGCAUCCGAUAUGGAAAAAGGUGCUGCAAAGUCUUUAGAACUGAUUCGUCUCUUCAAUUUGUACAAAGAAUAUUUGAAGGAAUCCAGAACUGAUUAUAAAAACGAAACUUUCGUGGUACAAGCUCAAAUGGAUAUGGUAACAAAAGAAAACAAUGCAGUGAAGAAUGAAAAUGUCAAACUGAAGCAAAAGUUGAAAGAAUUUGGACAAUCAGUGGGAACAGAUAAGAAUGCUGAAAGUGCAAAGCAAGCUUUAGAUCGUUUUAAUAAAGAAGCUGCCCAGAUUGCAUUACAAAAUAAGAAGAGGAAAGUCAGAACCAAACCAGAAGAUUUAUUUCGUUAA